GGCGCCGGCUCAGGUACGGGAGGAGAAGACGGGAGGAGAAGGCGGGAGGCGACCGGUCUCUUUGUGAGGAGGGUGGUGAAAUCCAGGACUGUGCCUACUUGGACAGCGAAAGCGCCUACAGCGAGUCCGAGCUGUUUCCUGAUGAGGACGGGAUGACUCUGGCACAGCAGGAGGUUCACCAUGAGUCUGACAUGGACAGUGCUAUCGAGAGUGCCCAGAGCUCGGAGGCCUCUGACGUUUGUCGGAGCGAAGAGAAGGAUGGUGUGCUUGGUGACCUGUUUCUGCCUGGUGACAAGUCAAGUCCUCACAACCCUUCUGCAGCAUCUGACCUCUCAACUUAUUCCACCGCCUCUCUGAUCAGUAAUGAAGAACAGUUUGAAGACUAUGGGGAAGGAGAUGAUGUGGAUUUUACUCCCAGUAGCCCAUGCCCUGAUGAUGACACCAGAACCAACGCCUACUCUGACCUUGGCUCAUCUGUAUCUUCCAGUGCUGGCCAAACACCCCGCAAAAUGAGGCAUGUCUAUAACAGCGAGUUACUGGAUGUUUACUGCUCACAGUGCUGCAAAAAGAUAAAUCUACUCAACGAUUUGGAGGCCAGGCUGAAAAACUUGAAAGCAAACAGCCCCAACAGGAAAAUAUCAAGCACAGCUUUUGGAAGACAACUCUUCCACUACAGUAACUUCAGCAGCAGUAAUGGCAGCACAGAAGACCUAUUCAGAGACAGUAUAGACUCCUGUGAUAACGAUAUCACUGAAAAGGUGACGUACCUAGAAAAAAAAGUGACAGAACUGGAGAAUGACAGCCUGACAAAUGGUGACCUGAAGAGCAAACUGAAACAAGAGAACACACAGCUUGUUCACAGAGUUCAUGAGCUAGAAGAACUAUUGAAGGACCAAGAAACAUCGGCAGAACAGACACUGGAAGAAGAGAUAAAGAGACAUAGAGAAGCAUAUAGCAAAUAUGAAAAAGAGAAAGGCACUGAAAUUGAGCUGCUAAAUACAAGGGUUCAGCAACUGGAAGAUGAAAAUGGUGAGCUGAAAACCACUGUCACGCGACUGAAAUCACAAACAGAGAGACUGGAUGAGGAAAGACAACGCAUGUCGGACAGGUUGGAGGACACCAGUCUGCGGCUGAAGGACGAGAUGGAUUUGUACAAGAGAAUGAUGGACAAGCUGCGGCAGAACAGGCUGGAGUUUAACAAGGAGAGGGAAGCCACACAGGAGCUCAUUGAAGACUUGCGGAAGGAACUGGAGCACCUGCAGCUGUACAAGCUGGAAUGUGAGCGGCCUGGACGUGGGAGAAGCUCUUCAUCCAGCGUGAGUGAAUUCAACGCCAAGACCAGAGAGGUGGAAAUGGAACAUGAAAUAAAACGGCUGAAGCAGGAGAAUCAGAAACUUCGUGACCAAAAUGAUGAUCUUAAUGGACAGAUCCUAAGUCUCAGUCUUUAUGAAGCUAAAAACCUUUUUGCAACACAAACAAAAGCCCAGUCACUGGCUGCUGAAAUUGAUUCUGCAUCAAGAGAUGAGCUCAUGGAGGCCCUUAAAGAACAGGAAGAGAUAAAUUACAGAUUACGACAGUACAUGGACAAGAUCAUUCUGGCAAUCCUAGACCACAACCCAUCUAUCUUGGAAAUAAAGAACUGAAGAGAAUGUGAGAAGGAAAAGCAGUAACUGCCUGACAUUUCUGCACAUGCCACUGGAUCUAAACAUCACUCUGAUACUGUAAAUUAAUCUAUAAAUAUAUAUAUAUACACUAGGUGUGAGUGUGGGUGCGCGGGUGUGUUUAUAUGACGUUUGGUACAUGGUUAUUUGUCACUGAAUUGGCUUGGUCAGACUUUUCCAUGCACUUUCAAUACCUGUGAUAAGAUGGAUACUGUAUAUUAAUGUAAUAACAAUAUAACUGGAUCAUGCUGUUUUAGAUACUGGACAAAAUGACUCUACCUCUAGUUUUAAAGGUAAACAAGACAAUGGAAACAUAUGGAUGUGGCCCUAACUUCAGGAGCAAGAAUUGUUCUUUUGUUCUUCCAGGAAUUUGGGUACCACAAACCAAUUAACAUACCCAGGUUCAGUUCCUGACUGGUGCUGACUGUGUAAUUUCCUACUUGAUUUAGUUUUAGUACUUAAACCACACAAAGAGUAAAAAAACCCCGAACUCUGGGGAAAAGGAAAGACACAAAGUGAAAGGGAAGAAGAGGAAGAUAUUGCAGAAUUGUUGUUAGUUGUGAAAAAUCACCAUCCACCUGUUUGCCACUGUCAGCACAAAGUGCUUUUUCUGUAAAUCACUUUGGAGCCUGCUUUGGGAUGCUCUGAGCCAUCCUGCUCUUUAGUGUGUGUAAGCAUGUGUACUUUUUAUGCCAGGGUCCCUGUAGCACUGAGGCUAAGAAGCUCUUCAAACCCAUUCCCCUAUUUUCAGGGGUUUUAUCCUGGGCCAUUAAGAUGAAUUCUGAUCCCCUCACCCUCAAUUUGAAAUAUUUCACUAAAGCAACAUGUUCCAGUUCUUACCAAGAAAAAAAGGAAAUGGAACAAAAAAAAAAAAAGACAAGUUGCAUGAAAUGGCUCACUUCAGGGCUCACUUCAGGGGGAGGAGAAGCAGCCCUUGAAACUGUGCUGAGUUGCUUUUCCGCCCCAGAUAGACUGCACUCCUGAGAGAUGUUUUGUGGGCAAGCUCUGGAGGGGACUGUCUGGGUCCUUACACAGUGCUGGAGAGAAGUGUGCUGUGGAGUGACUUUUACCUAUGGGGCACUAAAAAGAAAACCAGCUUGGUCUUGCAGAAGUUGCCAAUCCAGAGUGAGUACACACAUGCAUAUCUAAAGCUGUGACUAGGGAACAUGUCCUGAUUCAGAUGAGCAGUUGUGCAGGUGCUGAACUUUAAAUGUGUGCUGUGACUGCUCAUAGAAGUCAGUGGGACAGAACAUAAGCUUUAAAGUUGAGUGUAUGCUUAAAUGCUGCCUUAAAUAGAGAUGGACUUCAACAUGUGCCUGUGUUCUCCUGAGCUGGAUGUCUACUGUAGGGCUAGGACCUUUUUAAUUAAGUAGAGUAGCUUAUAUAAGGAGCUUAUGGGAUUGUUUGGAUAGGUGAAUGCCAAAACAAAAAUUGAUGAUUUUAUUCCAUGCACUUUUUUUAAAGAAAAGAUGUCACCCUCUUGAUUCACACCAACUGGCCCAGAAAUACAGGCCCAAGAAUCUGGCUGUCCCCAAUGCCUAGAGAUGUUCCCUCUAUUGAAUACACUCCCCAGAGGAAUGUUACAGUAGCAAUGACUGUGCUUUUCUAUGUAUGUAUUUGCUGUUGGCAGUGUCUUGCCCCUAGUAUUCUCUUGAUGUAUCUUGGUGUGUAUCUGUGAUGCAUUUUUCCCUGAAUUUGGAUACAUACAAUAUGUAUUCAGUUAUGGAUGUAAAUAUAUAUCUAUUUUUCUGCAAUCUCUGUGCUCUUGCCUUCAGUGGUGGGUUAUUGGAGUGAUGGGAAGGGGGGGAAGUACUGAAAUCGGGCUUUCUUGAAGGCAAGAAAAUAAAACCAACUUGUUUCUAUGUAUCUGCAUUAGGCAGGUGUAAAGUAACUGGAAAGUGAAGGGGACCAGAGGAAUAACUAUGGUAGACACGACACCCCAGAACACAGAGAUGUCUGUAGGGCUUCAAUGCUCUGGGAAAAAUGGUACAGGCUUGUUCAAACAAUGGUGUCUCAGGGCUGGUUUCCCGAGGCUCUAGGGUAAUCUGGAUUUAAAGGCUACUCCAUUUGCUUCUAACUGUGGAGAAGCAGGUGGAACGCCAUGGACACCCUACACAUGAGCCUUUCCCACCUGCUGCUGCUUUGGAUGUGCCACCUAGAAGGUAGGAGAGGAACAGUCAAGCCAGCUCGGUGCUCCCUACAGCUCCCUGCCUACAGGGCUCCUCAUCUGCACUUGGGUGAUAGCAUUUCCCUCUGCCAGGGCCUGUCUGUGGCUUCUGCCAAGGACUUUGUUCUUUUUAUAGGCUACACAAAACUUUCAAAUUGGCAGGUGGCUGCUGCUAAUAACCUGCCAUGAUCAGCAAGUUGCACUUCUCCCCUGCCCUCCUGCAGUGCAUUUAAAUAGGAGUGAAGCUGUUGUGGGUCAUCCUGGUGACUGAAUGUUUUCCCCUGAAUAUUUUUAAGCAGACUGGACUUAGCUUCAAAAUUGUAAUAAUCUAAACCAUGUUCCCAUUAGGAUGGAACAUCAGCAAAUGCUGAGGCAUCACUGAGAGCUAUGCUGAGCACUUGGGAAGCAGAGAGCCUGGCUUGCUUCACUGACAUGGCAGAGCCUGUGGACAUGAACAGAAGGCAGCAUGGCUGUAGGGAUAGCAAAGUUUUUAUGCAGGUAAGAGAUGAGUAGUCAUUAGUAGUGACAAACAGUCACUAACUGUGGCUGAAAUCCUGAAAGCAGUAUUCUAGCCAAGGGUACCCAGCACUGGAUUUUCUAAAGACUUGCAGGACUUCUUGUUUAACUCUGUACCCAACUGCUUUAGCUUUUUAGAAGCUCUUCCUUCCUCCGGUGUUGGCAUCUGAAGAAUUGUCUUGGCACCAGGGUGGUGGUGUUUGUAGCUUUGGCUGCAUAAAGCAGUUGCAGUUCUGCUCCUGUGCUCUCUUCGUGUGGUUCUGCUCUUUUGUUCAAGGACAUACCCAGAUACUUGCUGUGUUUGACAAAACAUGUGAGGUGGAGGUAUGAGAGGCAUUUCACUGGCAGAUACAUUUUCAUCUAAGGUAUCCACCUCUAAAAAUACCAAUUACCAAUUGCAUUCUUAGGCUGAAUAACUGCAGUAACUACAGAUAUUAGACCAACCUGUCUGCAACCCAAGCCUUGGAGACCACUUCUAUCCAAGAAAAGAUGUUUUAUGAUGUGCAGGUGACUUGGUAAUAAGGGAUCCCUUGGUGGGUCAGUGGGACAGGGAGAAGAGCAAUCACAUGGAUGGGAGAUAGGGAGGUAUCAGUUCCAGGUCUAUUCUUGGUACAUUUCUUAUUCUUCAUUGUGAGCUUCCUUUGUGCUCACAGGCUGGCUGGGGAAGCACCCUCUGCCUCUGUCAGCUUUACUGUUGGGGGAACAAUGGCUUCACUUCCCUGGGUAAAUCACUUCAAGCACAGGGCUGUGGUAUCAGUAAAUGUCCCUGUGUCAAAGCCACGCUUCUCGUUUAACCCUCGGGGAUGCAAACACAAUCCAAGGUACUGUAUCUUGAUAUGCUCCCGAAUUCAUUCUGCUGUAGAUUGUGACAGGCUAAGUGCUAUUCUGGUCAAACCAGUUGCAAACCACUGCAGGUAUUUUUGUGUAGUGUAAAAAAAAAAAAAAGACCUAUUUCUGGCUAGAAGCUGUCCUUUGUCAGGCUGAUCCCCCACAUGAGCUCCUGCAGAAAAGCUACCUCUUUAAAACUUGCACUUAAGAGCAUCUGAAAUGUAGUCUCUCCAGAUUUUUCUGAUGUUGGCUGUUUCCCUCUAGACACCAGUCUUAGCUGCUGCCUAGUUCUGAUUUCAGAAUGUGAUGCUGAGUCAAACCUUCCCUGACAUCAAAGAGUAUUUUUUUGGGUGUUUUUAAUGAUGCCUGUCAAAGCCUCAAGCUGCUGCAGGAUUUGUCACCUUUUGAAGGGCAACAGUGACAAACUGGAACCAUCACAUAGAUUUGUAAGGAGAUUUUACUAUGCAAAUUAGUGUCAGGUUUCAAAAACAAACCCCCCCAUCCAAUACACUUGCUGACAACUUUCCUUUUCUGUUCUUGGGAGAAGCUGUGCUGUCCCUCAGCCAGCUCUGUAGGCAGUUGGACACAGCCUCAUUAAUUCUCAAAGACAGGCACAUUAACAAAUAUUUUGCUGUCUGAGUGCAGCAAAGCUCUGUUUCUUUUGGUAGCACCACGGUCCUUGCCAGAAAGGAUCUUGGCCUACAGGAUCUGGGCUCCCUAAUCCAGUGAGUAAUUGAGGGCUUGGAAGCUGAUCUAUAAACAUGCACCAUGUCCUGCUGCUUCAGUCACUGCUCAGUGGUCUCUGCGUCGGAGCACUGGUGACAUGGGAUGAAUCUAAGAACUGGCAUUUACAAAAUAAAUGGCUACUUUCCCCCUUCUUUUAUGGCUGUGAAUAUACAGUGGUUUUUCUCUUAAAACAAAUAUGUAUGGUGUGGCCUGAGGAUUUUUUUCCAAGGAGGGAAGGAAGUAGCAGCUGAUCAAGCAUUUGCCAAAUCAGUGGCUUGGCUUCUAGCAACUGAAAUCAAAACUUGACUCAAACUUUAACUGAGCAGUUCCUGGAUUGGUUCUGGUGUAAGUAGCAAUGCUUAUAUCCUCAUUAUGUCAUUUGUUACCAAGAAGCAUUGUGAAGAAGGCAUGAGAGGUGGUGGAACAGCUGAUUUUAAAGGAUAUAGUUCAACAGUUGCUGGCAUUUUGUUCAUUUGCAGCAUCCUCUGGGUUGUUUUCUUGGUGUUUUCAGUUCAAAAUGUCAUCCCUAGGAGCAGUUUGCUGUUGAAGCAUGUGGCAUGUGUGGGUUUCUUAUUUAAUGAAACUGUGCAUGUACCUUUAGAGGUUGGUAAGGAUUGCAGCAGGUGUUUAGUAUGAACCUUGUAGUUCUGCAUAGUGCCCUGAGAGUUGCUCUGAUGUGCAACAGUAGUUUCUUUGUGGGAUUCUUCCCCAGUGUAGGCUCUGUUGACAUUUACCCUCUUGCUCUUGUUCCCAGCCACUGUGCCUGCUGGCAGAGUGUGCCAAGGGCUGCAGCUUUGAGCAGAUGGGAGGGACAAACAUGGUAUUGUCAGCUUCAGGAUGCUUUUACCUACUGAGAUGAAGAAUUUUAGCCCUGUCUUUAUACCAGGUCAGUCCUGUCCACACCUUUUGUGUGGUCCUGAAAGCAAGUUGUGUGCCAUCUACAUGACAAAAUGUUGUAGCUGAUGCAUAUAGGGUGGAUAAGCCUGAAGUCCAUAAGUUUUGCCUGGAUUCUGUGUUGCUUCCCAUUCACAUGCUGCACUUCCACCCUCUGUUUGCAAGGCACUGCCCCAGCAGCUUUGCCAAGCCAGGGUACCUUACAGAUCACGACAGCAGCCUGUUAAGAUGGAAACAUCUGCAGCUAGGGGCACUGUACCGUGCUUUGCCACAGUGUGGAGCCAGCUGACAGUGUCGUGGGGUGUUCCUUGAGGGUUUUUAGCUUCCUUAAUGUCUCCAAGUUUCGUUCCACUGUGAGGGUCGAACGGAUUCAAACACAAAGAGAUUACUUUGUACUGAAAUGUUAAACCUAAUGAAAACACAUAACAAACAUGGAUUUCUGUGGGUAUGGUUUGGGCACCUACCCCUAGAACCUGUGUUUUAUGUAGGUGGUGUUAGGGGUGCAGCUGUGAUAUCUGAGCUGUCAGCUUUCUCAUCACCCUUCUCUGAGAGUGACAUUUAACCCCAGUAAAGCCCAUUGCACCCUGUGAAGGGCAAAGGUGGUUGUUCUGGCAGACACACGCUCAGUAGCAGACAGUAAGUGCUGCAGUGGUGCUGCAGUUACUCUUCCACCCAGACAACUGGAGCAGUUACCUUACACCACCCAACAUCAGCCCCAUUUUAUUUGAUUCCCUUUCUGUAGCUGGAUUAUUCUGGCUUUGCAGAAAGGAAGUCAGAAGGGGAAACCAAGAAGUUCAUAUCAUGAGAACACUGUGGUGUGCUACAGGGCAGUAAAUGUUGCACUGAUGGUAUGUUUAAAUACUGAGAUACUUUGAAAAUUACUGUAAGAUCACUCGUGGGAGCCAUUUGUUUUGCAUUGUUGCACAGGCUGUACUCACCUUCUUUGCAUGGUUAUGUAUUUUAGUACUUGUGCCUUUUACUUCUCAGUCGUGAGGAUACGUUUUAGUUUCACAUUUUAUCUCCUGUUUUGGGCACUUUCUGUGGACCCUUCAUUUGAUCUUCAUCUCUGGUUUUUGUGUAAUGUACAUGUGUAUAUAUGAAAUAGAUCUGAUUUGUAUUCAUGUGCCUCUGAGAUGUAAAAAGUACUCAUUUUGUACAGGUUUUUUUAGAAGCACUAGGUCAUGGUCUAAAUUAUGUAGCAAAUGAAAUUUAACACAAUUAGCAGGUCUUUGUCUUCUUGUAGAAAUGUUGUGUCAGGUAACUGGUCUCUUUUGUAAGGCAAUGUCACACACACACUCCCCAGAUGUACUGUUCUAGUAUGGUUAUGAGCCCAAUUCUGUCCACUUGUUGGCUUCAAUGAAUUCAGAAUAAUAAAACACCUCACCAAACAUUACAGCCCUGACUUGGUGUUUAUAGUUUUUAUUCACACUAAAGCCAGUUUGCUCCUUUUUAUGCUUGGAAAUGAA